AUGAUUAGAUCUUUCAAAUUUAAUCAACUACAGUUUAUAUUGUAAAAACAAAGUCUAUGGGUAACUAUAUCUCAACACUUUUAAACCGGUUAUGGAGAGAGAAGGAAAUUCGAGUGCUGAUUUUAGGUUUAGAUAAUGCCGGGAAAACCACUUUUUUGUAUAGGUUAAACCUGGGCGAAGUCGUUUCCACUUUUCCUACUAUCGGAUUUAAUAUGGAGGUUGUAAAGCACAAAGGUAUAAAGUUUCGAGUUUGGGAUUUAGGAGGGCAAGAAGAUAUUAGGUCGUACUGGAAAUGUUAUUAUGCUAACACUGAUGCCAUUAUUUAUAUUAUUGAUUCUACAGACAAAGAGCGAAUUGACAUCGCUAAAGAAGAACUAAAUACUAUUAUAAACGAGGAGCAACUGAAAACAGCAGUCUUGUUAGUUUUGGCAAAUAAGCAGGAUAAAGCCGAGCCUAUGAGUGAAUCGGAAAUUACUGAAAAUUUUAACCUUUGCGAAUUAAAAUCGCGGACAUGGACUAUUUUUAACAUAAGCGCUCUUACGGGUAAAGGUGUGGAAGAUGCCAUGGACUGGUUGGCGGAUAAAAUUAUGAAAUAAGAAAUAUUAGGAUGUAAUAAAAAAGAUAGGGAAC